AUGAGCCUGACCUCGCGGGUGUUCGGCCUGUUCUCGACAGCGGGCUCAGACUCAACUGCGACUCCGGGGGACUCGCCCAAUUCAACAUGGACCCCUCCUAAUAACACAACAAUGCGAGACGAUUUGAGCCUUGUCCGAGAUGGGGACCUCGCGCUAGAGGAGGAGGAACCCCGGCCGCCAUAUUUACAUGCUAUGUUGGCCGGUGGCAUUGGAGGAACAUGUGGCGACAUGUUGAUGCACUCACUAGAUACCGUCAAGACCCGACAACAAGGUGACCCGACGUUUCCACCGAAAUACACAUCAAUGGGACAGUCCUAUGCAACAAUCUAUCGUCAAGAAGGUCUCUUUCGCGGGUUAUAUGGAGGAGUCACGCCGGCCCUCCUUGGGUCAUUCCCGGGCACGGUGAUCUUCUUUGGAUGUUAUGAGUACACCAAGCGAUUGAUGAUUGAUUCGGGCAUCAACCCCAGCGUCGCCUAUCUGUCGGGUGGUUUCUUUGCCGAUUUGGCUGCAUCGAUCGUCUACGUUCCAUCCGAGGUUUUGAAAACACGACUACAGCUGCAAGGCCGACAUAACAACCCGCAUUUCAACUCGGGGUACAACUAUCUCAACAUGAGGGAUGGAUUCCGCCAGAUUGUGCGACAGGAAGGAUUCUCGGCACUGUUCCACGGCUACAAGGCAACCAUCUUCCGCGACCUCCCGUUCUCCGCUCUGCAAUUCGCAUUCUACGAAAAAGAACAAUCGAUGGCCAAAGACUGGGUUGGAAAGCGUGAUAUCGGCCUGGGCCUGGAAAUCUUGACAGCCGCCACCGCCGGCGGAAUGGCUGGAGUCAUCACCUGUCCCAUGGAUGUAGUCAAGACUCGCAUCCAGACCCAGCAGAACCUCCCAGAAACUCCCUCCUCGGGCACAAAACACAGUGUCGAACAUAUACCCAAAGAAAGUCCCCGACCCCACGCGCCAUCCUCUCAUUCCCACCCUUCUCGCGCCCACUCCCGACCCAUUUCCACCUCUGGAGCCUCCACGUCCGUUCCACCGCCCGGCACCCCACGACUCGACACUUCCUCGGUGUUCACGGGGCUGAAGAUGAUCUACCGGACGGAAGGUCUUGGAGGGUGGUUCCGUGGCGUGGGACCCCGGGGUGUCUGGACCAGUAUUCAGAGUGGAACGAUGCUGGUCAUGUACCAGUAUCUUCUCAAACAACUCGAAGGCCAUCAGAUUCUGGCUGAGCGGCCCUAA